CUCGGGAACGCCGGAAGGAACGCCGCAGGGGCGAGGGGCAUCGGGAAACUCGGGAACGCCGGAAGGAACGCCGCAGGGGCGAGGGGCAUCGGGAAACUCGGGAACGCCGGAAAUUCCUCGGAGGACAGGAACGCCGCAGGGGCGAGGAGCGGCAUCGAGAAAUUCGGGAACGCCGGAAAUUCCGCAGAGGCCAAGGAACGCCGCAGGGGAGCAGAGGGGCAUCGGGAAACUCGGGAACGCCGACAACGCCGGGAAUUUCAGGAGGGCGAGGAACGCCGCGGUCUGCCCGCAAUCCCAGGGGAGACGUUCCCAAGGUGGCGUUCACGGGAGUGGCGGAGCUGGAGGCGCUGGAGCAGCGCGUGCGGGCGCUGGGCUGGGCCGUGAGCGCCAGCGCGCGCGACUGCUCCCACCUCGUCACCGACCGCGUGUGCCGCACCGUCAAGAUGCUGUGCGCCGUCGCCAGGGGCGUGCCCGUCGUCACGCCCGCCUGGAUCCAGCAGUGUGAGCAGAGUGGCCGCGUGGUGGACAGCGAUGCGUUCAUCGUGAGCGACGAGGAGCAAGAGGCCAAGUUCCACUUCCGGCUCAGAGAGUCGCUCCUUGCGGCGAGAGAGAGGCCGCUGUUCCACGGCUGCCGCGUGCACGUGACCGCCGGAGUGAAGCCCGAGCCGGUCCACAUGCGCGACAUCGUGGAGUGCGGCGGGGCCACCUGGCUACCCAAAGUGCCUCGCACUGCACAGGCCGGACUGCUGGUGGUGUCGUGCCCCGAGGACUCUGUGCGUCUGCGCGAUUGCCGCGGCGUUGACGUGGUGAGCGCCGAGCUCAUCCUCACCGGCGUGCUCAGGCAGAGACUGGACGUUGACGCUCACCGCCUCAGCAUCAGCCGCGGAGACGAGGCAGACAGCUCGGACAUCGAUGGGGGCAGAGACGUAGAGCAGCGCGCACGCAAGCGCGCCAGCGUGCCGGCUGCGCGGGGAGCCCAGGUUGCCUCCAAACGCCGGCGCUGAAGACGACGAUGACGACGAUGAGGUGGUGGAGGUACAGGAGGUGGAUGAUGAAGAUGAUCAUGAGGAGAUGGAGGAGGUGGAUGAUGAUGUUGAUGAUGAUGGGACCAUUCUGCGUGGGUGCGUGUGUCUGGGGUUGGAUUGGGGAGCGGCGGUGCAGCGGUUAGCGCUGCGCUGUGUAAUCCUGGGGAACCAAGUUCGAUUCCCGCUCAUGACCAGAGGUCGCAACCGGGUACCCGAUACCCGUACCCUACCUGAUACCCGGCUACCCGUACCCAGCCGGGUACGGGUACGGGUAGGCCGUGAGUCACUGGUGAGUAACCGUUUGUCACUCAUUUUGGGUAGGGUACGGGUAGGGAACGGGUACCCGUACCCGGCCGGGUACGGGUACCCGUUUGCGACCCUGGUGCGGCCGGGUACGGGUACGGAAUCAAAACCCGUUUGCGACCUCUGGUCUGGGGUUGGAUUGGGGAGCGGCGGUGCAGCGGUUAGCGGUGCGCUGUGUAAUCCUGGCGAACCAAGUUCGAUUCCCGCUCACGACCACCACCAACACCAGUGACGAUACUCUGAACCGAUUCUAGGCCUCCUCUCUGUCGGCUUGGCCUCAAAUGAGUACCUGGUGCGGUGUGUAAAAAUCACCACUGGGGAGACAAAGGCGGCCGGGCGUGGUGCUGGCCACCCACCCCCUGGUGUGCCGUGCCGGCCUUCAUAGGUGUAGUUUGUAUGUUAUUGCAAAACGGAACCUAUUUUGGUGUUUGGCAUGUUAACACUUCCUGUUUUAUUGCCAGAAAGGGUCCAAACCUCUUUUGAUUUUUCAUCAUUUUUGAUGCUGGCAACAAGUUCCCGUAGAUAUAACUGCUCGACACAAGGACAUCGGUGCACCGAUACUUACAUUGGCAACAAACCCUCCACCUACAUACAAUAUCACUGGUAUUGGUCUAAAACGUCCCAGCGCUGAAAAUAUAAUAUAACUCAGCCGGGAUCACACGGUAGCAGCGGCAGGGACAUCACUGCCGCUACUGCAUGGAGAACCUGGCAGGAACCUCCUGGAAAAAAGAGUCUUUCCAGGGCUAAACAAGUAUCACAAUAAAUAAUAAUAUUCACAUCAUUGUCCGUGUCUCUGUGUGUGUGGGAGCGGUGGUGUCGUGGGUUGGGGCGCCGUGCUACAAACCCGGCGACCCGGGUUCAAUUCUCCGCUCCCGGCAAACACCAACGACGAUGAUCUGAAUCGGUACCUGGGCCUCUCCCCUAGGUCUACUCAGCUUCCAAUGAGUACCCGGUGCGGUGUGUUACCAUCGCCGCUGGGGAGACAAAGGCGGCCGGGCGUGGUGUUGGCCACCCACCCCCUCGUGUGCCGUGCCGGCCUUCAUAGGUGCUGCUCGCUAACAGCACUUGUCCCAACAGUCUGUUGAGGCUACAUGGGGGAGUGGGUGGUCUUUGUAUGUCCCAGGUCUGUAUCGCGACAGACCUGGGACAGACAUCUGUGUGCUGUUGAUGAUGAUGAUGAAAACAACAAUGAUAUUACUAUUUUCAUUCUUGGUUCUUUCGGUAAAGUCAGGUCGAAGGGAAACAACAAAAUACUACAAAUGAAAUAAACGACUGCAA